AUGAGGGCACUGCUGUCACCGCCAGCAUUCGUCCUCCCCCAGGACCCCACAGAGGUUUCAGUUCCUGGCACUGCCAUCUCGCUGGGUACCUCGCCUCUCUGCCACCACAUUUAUCAUCCUGGGUGCAGUGACCCCUCUGCAGGGACCCCUCCUUUCUGCCACCCUCCCCGAGACAAGCAUUUCACAAAGUCUUCUUUCUUUUUCAGGUCAACGCACAAUGAGAUGGAAAAGAACAGGCGUGCCCACCUGCGGCUGUGUUUGGAGAAGCUGAAGGUGCUGGUGCCACUCGGCCCCGAAUCCAGCAAGCACACCACGCUGAGUUUACUCAUGAAAGCCAAAUUGCACAUCAAGAAGCUCGAGGACUACGACAGGAGAGCCCUCCACCAGAUCGAGCAGCUGCAGCGCGAGCAGAGGCACCUGAAGAGGCAGCUGGAGAAGCUGGGCAGUGAGAGGAUCCGCACCGACAGCGUCGGCUCCGCCGUGUCCUCGGAGCACUCCGACUCGGACAGAGAAGAGAUCGACGUGGACGUGGAGAGCACCGACUCCCUGCCCGCAGACCUCGACUGGAGCAGCAGCAGCCCCAGCGACUCGGAUGAGCGCGGCAGCCUGCAGAGCGUGUGCAGCGACGAGGGCUACGCCAGCUCGGGCGUGCGGAGGGCGAAGGUGCAGAGCGCUCACAAGCUGUGCCCCACUCUCUAAGGCUCAGACCCCGCAGCUCUUCCACCCACCACUCUUCCCUGGUUGGUAGCGAACCAGACCGUCCCGCAGUUCCCUUGUGCCGCUGACACGAAGUCUGCUUUGCCCCAGUCCCAAGCAGGGCUGUGGGUGCUGAGCUUCUCCCUGGCAGCCCAUCGUGCCCACUCGCUUCUCGCCCCGUCGGGAAGCUCAUCUCAGCGAGACCAAACAUUCCAGCCCCAUUUUGGUGCGCCCAGGAAUAUCGCAGCGGUAACAGCAAUGCUGGAUGAGCUCAGCUUUCCUUUGCCUUGCUGUUACCGCUCGCUAUUCCGGAUCUUUGUAGUGUUUGCCCACUAACAAUCAGCACCAGGGCCCAAAUAUGCAUUGUGUGGGUGAGACCCAGCCUUGUUGGUAGCUUGGAGCAGGGAGAAAGCAGAGGGAGGUCUGCAACGGAGCGUCAGUCGGUGGCCUUCCCUCCACCGACUCUAAAAAUUCAGGGUAGCAAUGGACCCCUCCUGCAAAGCAAAAGGCUCUGCUCCUCCCGGCAGCCUCGGGAUGGACAUCUCCAGCUCUGGAAGUUCCUGGAAUGCCUCAAAACCAAAUGGUGCUGUCCUCGCGCUGUGCCCUCCCGCGUUACGGCCGCGUGUCUUAGGACGGCCUUGGCGCUUCUUGUCUCUGGGACAAUUUUCUUUCUACCUCGGAGAGAUGAACAAAGAUUAUCUCCAUCCCUUUAGCACAAAAACAAACAAACGAGAUGCCUCAUUGUUUUAUAGAAGCGCUGCUUGGUCCCAUCGCAUCCGUCGCGCGCGAUUUAGCAAUAAGUGGCGGCGCUCCGAGCGGCGCUGCUGUGUGAAGCACUUGCCCGGCCCUCGGGUUGUGUUUGGGCGCUCUCCAUGCUGAGGAUUUGGGUUUCCACCAGAGAAAGCCACAACCAGACGCCAAAAGAAAAGGCCAACCCUUUACCCCUGGCCCCAAGGCUAUGGUUUCCAGCCGUGCCGAUGCGUCGAAGCCAACUCAAGCACGUGUACGUAGAAGUGUGGUCUACAGACAGUAUUUCUUCAUUUUCUUUGACGUGAACGGAGUUACGACUUCGUGCUUUACAAGAUGUUCUGGGAUCGUUGUAAGCAGAGUCCUCCGAUGGAGAUGCAGAGGUUUCUUUGAGGGUUUUCCUACUCCAUCUCUCAUACUCAACGUUGGACGCUUUGGUGAUGGGGAUGGAACAUCCUUGUGGGGCUCAGAAGCCAUUCCGACUCUUUGAGAACAGUCUUUGGAGGUAUUUAAUGCCAGGUUGAACGGGGCCUUGGGCAACCUUAUCUACUGUGUGAUUGAGCAGUGGGCAGCCCUGGGUUGGAACUUAACGGUCCUUGAGGUCUCUUUGAACCCAAGCCAUGCUGUGAUUCUAUGAAAACUCGUGGAAACCCACCCGAAGAAAACAAAAAACAUGGAAACCCACAGAAACCCACCCCAAGAAAGCAAAAACCCAUGGAAACCACCUCAGGAAGACAAAAACCCAUGGAAACCCACCCCAAGAAGACAAAAACCCAUGGGCAAAGCUGAAUAUCUGCACUUGGAGGUGCGCUGCUCUGACGCAUGAUGGCUCGAGCCCCUCUCCAGCCCCUUUCUUGUGAGCACUGCCAAAAUCCCAGUUCCAACCCUGGCACUCCAAGGCACUCCAAGGGGAAACAGGAGGAAACGUGCACUUCGUUCUCCACUUAGUUAUACCGAGUGUUAAGGUUUAGGCUCUAAUUGUUAUUUUUUGUGUUGUGCCUUUUUGGGUUGACCGCGUUCUUUUGGUGAAACACCGCGUGUUGGUUUUGGUUCUGGUUUUUUGUUAUUAUUUUUUUUCUUUCCCCUUUUCAUUCUCUUUUUGUCCCAGUAUGAAGCAGUACUCCUCUGACCUUUGCACUGUUUGGACGUGCUCCUCUCCAACACACCAGCAUCGGAAAAAAAAACACAAACAAAAAA